AUGAUAUUUCUUCUUUAUCAACAAUCUCAAGCUAAUUCUCUUGAAUAUGGUGACGAUAAUAAACUAUCUGUUGUUAAUUGCCCUUCAGACUUUUACGGUGAAGUAUUUAUUCCUCGUUCUGUCACAUCAAUCUUUGGCUAUAACGCUUCUAUUUAUGCAUUCAAAAAGUGCAAAGAUUCUAUUUCAUCACUUCGAUUUGAAGAAAAUAGUGAAAUUACUAAUAUAAGCAAAUAUAGUUUUUAUAACACAGGUCUACGAUCAGCAAAUAUGAGUGAAUGCAAACAUCUUACAUUACUAGAUACCUCAACAUUUGACUCCUGUUUUUAUUUGGAAACAGUUAUUCUUCCACCAAAUAUUUCUAGCAUCGGUUGGUUAUGCUUUUAUAAAGAUAUCAAGCUAACUUCAAUUGAUUUACCAGAUUCUCUAGUUACAUUGAUAUCCAGCUCAUUUUCAGAGUCUGGUUUAACAACAAUAAGCGUAUCACCUAAUUCUAAAUUAGAAAAAUUGGAUCUGUAUUGUUUUAGCUCAACAAAAAUUUCUUCUUUUUUUAUACCAAAAUCCGUGAAAUCGUUAAUUGCACCAUUCGAAGACUGUUCUCUAAAAAACAUAACAGUUGAUUCAAAUAACCAAAAUCUUAAAACUGAUUCUAAAUCUCUUUUUUCAGGAAAAGAUAAUUCAACAUUAGUAUUCGUUGUUCAGACAUUUUUAGGAGAUUAUAUUGUUCCUGAUUUCGUUACAAAGAUAGACGGAAAACUCAAUUGA